CCGUAAUUAUUGUUCAUAUCUAGAAAACAGUAUAUUGUGGUGUUUCGAACAAGUACAAGUGUGUAAAAAGUUUUAGAGUUCAUUUAUUAAAUAAAAAAGAUAUGAUAGCUAAGCCGUUAUAAUCUGCAAAAUGGUUUUACUACGGGGUAGUACACCUGAAGUGAAAUUCUUCAUAUUUGGGAUACUUAUAUCUUUCAUUUGUGCAUCGAAGCAGGAUUGUAUCUGGUAUGGAGUUUGUAAUACCGAUUCUUCUUAUCACAAUCAAUAUUGUUCCUAUAAUGGUACACCAAAAGAAAUGCCUCCAGAUGGACUUCAAUUGUUAGCAGAAAGAUGUAGUUUUCUUCUAGAAGAAAAACAAACAAAAUUUUGCUGUGACGUUGAUCAGGUGAAAAUAUUAAAUAAAAACAUUAAACUGGCCUCUGCUAUUCUUGAUCGCUGUCCAUCAUGUAUGGCUAACUUAGCUCGGCAUAUUUGCGAGUUUUCGUGCUCUUCAGAACAAUCAAAAUUUGCAAGGGUGGCUUCUACAAAAAAAAAUGAUAAAGGUGAUGACUAUGUGACUGCUUUGGAUUUACACAUAACAGAGGAGUAUAUAAACAAGACUUAUAAGUCAUGCGCUCAGGUAUCUGUUCCACAAACCGGUCAAUUGGCAUUGGAUCUGAUGUGCGGGACCUAUGGAGCAUCACGAUGCAGUCCUACAAAAUGGUUUACCUAUAUGGGAGAUGUCAAUAAUGUAUAUGUUCCAUUUCAAAUAACAUAUAUUCAACAUCCAACAAACUCGACCACGAAUGAAUUUACCCCAUUGAAUCCAAAAACAAUACCAUGCAAUGAAGCAGUAAAUAGUGAACUGCCUGCGUGCUCCUGUACUGAUUGUGAUUUGUCAUGCCCCCAAGCUCCAGAAGAACCAAUUACACCUAACCAACUUAAAAUAGCAGGAUUCGACGCUUUUACGGUCAUUAUGACGGUUGUUUUUACUGUUGGAACAGUUGUCUUUCUAUUGGGAACAUUUUUAUUUACCAAAGACUCGAUAAGUGAUGAAGAUUUUCACGUUGGCAAUGAAGAAGUAACCGACGAUUCUAUGUACAGACAACAGCCAAGAUAUUUUGAAAAACUUGGUGCGCGCACAGAAUAUUUCUUGGAAAACAUAUUUACUAAAUGGGGUACAUUUUUUGCAACAUAUCCAUGGAUUACUUUGUUUGCAUGUGCAAGCAUCGUGGUGAUGUUGGGCUAUGGUAUUACGUUUGUGGAGAUUACUACAGAUCCAGUACAACUUUGGGCUUCGCCAAGUUCAAAAUCUAGAAUGGAAAGGGAGUUUUUCGAUUCAAAAUUUGAACCCUUCUUUAGAAUUGAGCAGGUAAUAAUUAAAGCUGUAGAUCUGCCCUACAUUUUACAUAAUACGUCGAACGGACCAAUAAAGUUUGGUCCAAUAUUUGGAAAAGAUUUUCUAUCUGAUGUACUGGAUCUACAGGAGCAAAUACAAAAUAUCGACGCAAAUGGAACAUUUUUAAAUAAUAUAUGCUAUGCUCCCCUAAAAGAUGACAAUAGUUAUGUAAAAGCUUCAGAUUGCGUUAUUCAAUCUAUUUGGGGCUAUUUCCAAGAUGAUAUAAGCCGACUUGAUGAUAAUGAUGAGGAUAAUGGAUUUAAUGUUACCUAUUUGGAUGAAAUGUAUCAGUGCAUCAGUAACCCAUAUUUAUGUUUAGCUUCUUACGGAGGGCCAGUAGAUCCAGCGAUUGCAUUAGGCGGGUUUUUGAAGCCUGGGGAACAACUUACAGGGACUACAAAAUAUGAGCAGGCUGAUGCUUUAAUUUUAACAUUUUUAGUUAAAAACCACCAUGACAAAGGGAAAUUAGUACAUGCAUUAGAAUGGGAAAAAUCCUUUGUUGAGUUUAUGAUAAACUAUAUAGAAAAUAACAAAAGUAAGUCAAUGGAUAUAGCAUUCACUACUGAGCGGUCUAUUGAGGAUGAAUUAAAUAGAGAGUCCCAGUCGGACGUAUUAACCGUUUUAGUUUCAUAUAUUAUUAUGUUUAUUUAUAUCGCCAUAUCCCUUGGACAUGUGCAAGAACUAAAAAGAUCACUGAUUGACAGUAAAAUUACACUAGGUAUUGGCGGUGUUAUCAUAGUCUUAGCGUCAGUAGUCUCUUCCAUAGGAAUUUUUGGAUAUAUUGGGGUACCAGCAACAUUAAUUAUUGUGGAAGUAAUACCAUUUUUGGUACUGGCGGUUGGAGUUGACAAUAUUUUUAUUCUAGUUCAGACUUUCCAAAGAGAUCAGCGUAGAACUAAUGAAACGACAGAACAGCAAGUGGGGCGGGUUCUAGGACGAGUAGGCCCAAGCAUGUUAUUAACAUCUGUAAGUGAGAGCUGUUGUUUUUUUCUUGGUAGCUUAUCUGACAUGCCUGCAGUAAAAGCUUUUGCGCUGUACGCUGGUGCUGCUUUACUAAUAGAUUUUAUAUUACAAAUAACAUGUUUUAUCGGAUUGUUCACGCUUGACAUAAAACGGAAAGACGAAAAUCGUUUAGAUAUUUGCUGUUUUAUAAAAUGUAAAAAGUCAGAUAUUGUGCACAAUAAUGAAGGGCUUUUAUACAAAUUUUUUAGAAGUGUCUACGUUCCAUUUCUCAUGAAAAAGGCUGUUAGAGUAACUGUAAUGAUUUUAUCUUUUGGAUGCCUUUGUGCUAGUAUUGCUUUUGUUCCAAAAAUUGAAAUCGGACUUGAUCAAGAAUUGGCAAUGCCUGAAGAUAGUUUUGUCUUACAUUAUUUCAAGUCUUUAAACGAACAUCUUAAUAUUGGCCCCCCAGUAUAUUUUGUACUUAGGGGAGAUAUAAAUUAUUCAAAUAGUUCUAAUCAGAAUUUAGUAUGUUCAGGACGAUAUUGCAAUGAUGACAGUGUUUUAACGCAACUUUACUUAGCUAGCCGACGAUCAAACUUAACUUAUAUUGCUCGCCCUGCAUCAAGUUGGAUUGACGAUUAUUUUGAUUGGGCUUUGUCAUCAAGUUGUUGCAAGUAUAAUCCGAAGAAUGACAGCUUUUGUCCUCAUCAAGAUACUUCCUGCUCAAACUGCAUAAUUAAGAAAAAUGAUUUGCAGCGGCCAGAUGAACAAGAUUUCGGGAAAUAUCUACCGUUCUUCUUAAAGGAUAAUCCGGAUGAUUCAUGUGUUAAAGCAGGCCACGCUGCCUACAGCGGAGCUGUUCGCUAUAACUACGCCCAAAAAACAUUAAAUGUAGACUCUUCAUAUUUUAUGGCAUAUCAUUCAAUUUUAAAAUCAUCGAGGGACUAUUUCCAAGCCUUAGAAGCAGCUAGAAAGAUAUCUGCUAACAUCACGCAAAUGUUAAGAUAUAACCUUAUAUCAAACGGACUACCAUUGGACUUAGCUAUGCAAGUCGAAGUAUUUCCCUAUUCAGUAUUUUAUGUUUUUUAUGAACAAUAUUUAACUAUGUGGUCAGAUACAUUGCAAAGUAUAGGAAUUUCAAUACUUUCCAUUUUUAUAGUAACAUUCAUUUUAAUGGGGUUUGAUAUACAUUCCGCUCUUGUUGUAAUUAUCACUAUAACAAUGAUAAUAGUAAACCUUGGGGGUCUCAUGUACUACUGGAAUAUAUCUCUCAAUGCUGUGUCUUUGGUCAAUAUUGUGAUGGCCAUAGGAAUAUCUGUAGAGUUUUGUUCACAUCUUGUGCAUAGUUUUUCACUCUCAAAAGAAAUUAAUCAAGUGAACAGAGCUGCCGAUUGCUUAUCAAAAAUGGGUAGCUCCAUAUUUUCAGGUAUAACGCUUACCAAAUUUGCGGGAAUAUUAGUCCUAGCUUUUGCGAAAAGCCAAAUUUUCCAAGUAUUUUAUUUUCGAAUGUACUUCGGUAUUGUAGUUAUUGGCGCAACACAUGGUUUAAUCUUUUUGCCUGUUCUGCUUAGUUAUAUUGGUGCGCCAAAUAAUACUAGGCUUGAAUCUCACAGCCAUGAUACCGGUGAGCAGGAAACUUCGUUAUCUAGGGCAAGAUAAUUUUAUUAUUUAGUGUAUAGUAUUAAAAGAAAGUAGCAAAAUCUUCGAAAUCUCUAACAUGGGCUCAUCCAUUUUGGCUGACCUUUUUUUGUUGUAUGUAUUUGUAUCAACACUGAAAUAGAAUUUUUUUUUUGUGAAUACAGUAUAUGUAAACUGGCUAAGGUGUGAUAAAUUUUAAUCGAUAUUUUAUGUACACAUAUGUAAAUGCAUACCCUGCUUAUAAAAACAUGAAAAACUGUAUGUAUUUCGAUUUUUGAAUAAAGUUUACAAUGUACAGUAA